ACACACGCAACACCGAGCCGUGUCACCCGGUCCCUGUUGUUGUAGUUGGAACAUUGUGUGGAUGAAACUCCAUUCUUUAAAGACUGGAGUUUAAAUGAUGACCGUAACACCUCUAGUAGACAAGCAGCAAAAUUCAAGCGGCAGCACUGUUGUAUCGUUGCCUAGCAACCACCCGGCCGCAGAUGGACCAAACAUGGAGGACAAAAGGCAGAGUGCAGAAUCCACUGUGUCAGAUGUUGACAAGAAGAUCAGAGCUGCUUUUCAGGCGUUCGACUACGAGGCUAACAACACAGUGGAUGUCCGGGAGCUUGGCACCAUCAUCUAUGCCCUGGGUUGCUUUCCCUCUCAGAAAGACCUACAUGACUUUAUAGCUGAGGUGGAAGAGGAUCACACAGGACACAUCCAUCUGGACAAGUUUCUCCCAAUCAUGACCAACGUGCUGCUGGAGAAGAAGUUCCCUCCCAUUCCCGAGGAUCUUCUGCUUCAGGCCUUUAAGGUUCUGGACAAAGACAACAAAGGAUACCUGGAGCCUGAGGAGAUGACAAAGUACAUGACACAGGAAGGUGAGCCCUUCACUCAGGAGGAGAUGGAAGAGAUGCUGACGGCUCUCGCUGACACGGAGAAGAACCACAUCUAUUACACAGAUGUUAUGAGCCAGCUGACCAUCGACCCUGACAUGUAAACAGUGUGGGUGUAACUAUAAAACAAAUAUCCCAAAGACACAA